UCGGAAAUAUUUCUGUUUGGCGAAGAGCUGGCCUAAUACCAUUAAGCCCCAUGGGUGGCGCCGAUUGGCUACCGUCACAAAUGUAAUGUACGAUUCUGCACGUGACAGACCAGCAGAGAGCAUAUGUUGGUUGGUGAGAAUUCCCUAUAGAGAAAACACUAGGUAUUUUCAUCAUGGCCAACCAGGAAGAACCUUCAACCGAGCCGGAGAAAAUCGUGGCGAUUGCAGUGGACUCCAGCAUGCACUCCGAGAGGGCUGUGAAGUUUUAUUGCGAUUUUAUUCACAAACCAGAAUACAAAGUUCUACUGAUCCACACUACGGAACCAAUGUACUUGACGACUGUAGCGGCGGCUGGAUAUGUGAGUCAGGGAAGCGGAUUGUCCAUGAAACAACUGCAGCAGAUGGAAGCGGAGCAGAAACGUCGGGUCCACCACCUCAAGAAGCAGCACGAAGAACACCUUAAAGGCAAAUCUGUACACGUUGACUGGAAAAUCGUCGAGGCUACUACCACUGCCGGAGAUGCCAUCGUCACGACUGCCGGGGAUGCCGGCGCUCUUAUGAUACUCAUGGGGACACGAGGACUCGGCGCAUUCAGAAGGACAAUUCUUGGCUCAGUCUCGGACUAUGUUUUACACCACGCGAAGGUCCCCGUCAUGAUUUGCCACUGAGCACACUGAACGAACUGCUCAAUGCGCCAAAAACUAUGUCAUUGUCAGCAAUUCCGAAAUUAUGAGGUCUUCCGUCACUAAUGCAACACCCGUCCCCAAAUACACAAUGAUGCACAGUAAUGCAUUGCAUAUGCAUUGUAAUAGUGCAUUGUAGACAAUUUGCCGAUAGAAGAGAGGUUGAUCUCUGUGGUAAAUAAAAUAUGUUUCUCAAAA